AUCUCGAGUGUCCCAUCUGCUUGAUUGCUUUCAGAAAUCCUCUACAGACUCCAUGCGGUCACCUCAUGUGCAAAAGCUGCGUGGACAAAAGCACAAAGUAUGGAAAGUUUAAAUGUCCACUGAAUAACAAGGUGAAGAAGAGAAGUGAGGCUUUUUGGGAUAAAAUUCAUGAACUUAAAGUUCUUGGUCUUAAAGUAAAGUGCAAGAACCAUGGAGAUGGAUGUACAUGGAUUGGGGAGUUGCGUGAUCUGCAGAAACACGCAGAUGAUGGAUGUGAUUUUUCUCAAGUUUUUUGUAAACUUCUGUCUGUUGGAUGUUCUCACAAGAUGAAGAAGAGAGAUGUUGGUGAUCAUGAAGACAAGUGCGGCAAAGAGCAUAUUCGUUUGCUCCUAAAGAAAGUUGAUGAUCUCAAUGCCCGGCUUCAAUGUCAACCUUCUGAAUCCUGCAAGUUCAUGUGGAGAAUAGAAAACUGGAGCAAAACCCUUGAAAAUGCCAAAAUGGAAACACCAGAUUUGUUUAGCAGUGCCUUCUACACAGGUUAUUUGGGAUACAAAUUAUGCAUGUGUGUCGACCCGGAUCAGGGAGAAGGUCAUGUGAGUGUGUAUCUAAUCGUCAUGAAAGUGGCCGUUUUUGUAUUCCUAUAUACUAUCUGUCGUUGACCAGCAACCUGAUGGAAACGAUAUGAGCUGGCUGAUGGAUUCAACAAAGCUCAAUGGACAGGAGCUCAAGUGGUUUAGGAGAAAAACUGAUUAAAACUUGUCAGGAUGGGGGACUGGUAAUCUUAUUAGUCACUUGGAUUUGACAAAGCAAGCUUACAUCAGAGAUGACUCUCUCUCCUUGUAGGUGCAGAAAAUCUGAUCAGAAAUUCUGAUCAGAAAAUGAGACUUCAAUAUUAUUGAUAUUCUAUCAUCAGCUCACUGCAAGUGUGUAGUUCUUAAUUGUUAUACCACAAACUUGAGUUGUGCAUAGUUUUUAUGUGCUAAACUAGUCUCGUAAUUGCUAGACAUGCUUUUUCAUGGAUACAGUAUAUGUUAUUAGACAUUAUUGUGUGCAGAUUGUUUCCUAGUUGUAAUGUGGAGAGAUGCUGCUGAGAUACUAACUACUACGUAUCCUGACUGCGUUCAGUUUGUGCAAUAUGUUCUGCUUGAUUGUCAUGUUUUGAAAAGUAUAUUCAUUGCCACAUACUCUCGUGACUGUUCUUCAGCUUGUUCAGCUUCUACAGCACAGCUGAGGAACACCUAGCUGCAUGGCAGGUACACUAAGCUAAUGCAGUAUCGUAGACAGACAUAGAGCCUGGAUGAUUGGAGAUGUUGGAAGUCCCAGUUGCUACCUAUAUGUCUGGAUGUAUUUUCUCCUGUUAGUUUAGACAGU